AGCCGUGGAAAACCUUGAAUGAAACAAGUUAUUCUCGAAAAAGUAUGUGGUUCGGAGAAUCAAAUCAUUAGAUGUUUUUACUUACGAAAUCCUCUCUAUAAAAUAAGGAACAACUUUUCUAGUUUGUGUAGAAUCGAAAGAACUUGAAAUGAGGAGGGCAUUAUUACCGAUUCUGUUAUUUUCUUUGGAAGGAGUUUUUUGUGGUUAUUCUACUGGUUUUCGUAAGACUCCUGCACCACAAGAUGAUAAAGUUAUAAUUAAUCCCGUAAUUUAUCCAUCUCCUCAUCCUAAACAACGCUUCAUUGGACAUCACGAAGGAUGGAUUAAAAAUGCAGACGUUGAUGGAGGAGCUGAAGUUCUUGAUAUAUCUAAACCUCAAGUGGAGAAAUUUCCGGUAGCGCCGCCAAAAGAAGAAAUUUGGGAUAAAGAUACAUCAUCUAUAAAAGUUGAACCUCAUAUAUAUCCUCCAAAAGAUGUCAUAAUAAAUCCUUCAACAGACUUUAUUAUUGAAGAGCAUAAAGACAAACAUCCAGAACCAAUAGAUACUGUUAAAGAUGUUCGUGUGGAUCACCCUAAGGACGUUCCAGUAAAAGAAAUACCUGUAAUAGUAAUACAUGAAGAACCCAAAAUAAUAGUGGAUCCUCCUAAAAAUGUGCACAUAGAAGACAAACCAAUAGUGGAUCAUCCCAAUAAAGAUCAAUACGAACAAAAACCUGCAAUAGUAAUAGAUCAUAAACCCGAAAUAAUAGUGGAUCCGCCUAAAGAAGUAUACAUAGAAGAUAAACCUGCGAUAAUAAAUCCUCCUAAAACUGUGCACAUAGAAGAUAAACCAAUAGUGGAUCAUCCUAAGGAAUAUCCUUCAGCAGACUUUAUAGAACAAAGACCCACAAUAAAUGAUAAACCCAAAGUAAUAGUGGAUCCACCUAAAAAUGUGCACAUAGAAGAUAAGCCAGUAGUAAUAGUUGAUCCUUCAAAAGAUGUUCAAGUAGAAGAAAAACCUAUACCAUUCAUACCUUAUGAACCGGAUCAAGAUCAGAUUAGAGUUUUACCCGAAAUACCUUAUCCAGUCAAAGUGACAAAUGAAAAUUCCAAUUUGAAUUUAUAUGAAAUGUUGCAAAAACUUCAGCUAUCACGAUUCGUACAUUUAAUAGACGAAGCAGGAUUACAAGAAUUGUUAUCUGGUGAAGAACCAAUUACUAUUUUUGCUCCUUCCGAUUAUGCAUUGAGCAAAUUGAAAGCUGAUGAAAUAAGAAGAUUAGCAAGUGAUCGUGAUUUAUUGCGUCAAUUUAUUUUAUAUCAUUGCGUGGAUGGAUCAAUUUUUGGUUCAACCUUAGUGAAUGAUCCUCUUAAAACUAAGAUCGAUAGAAAUAUUCUUUUGGCCAAUUAUCAUGGAGAGAAAUGGUACGUCAAUGGAGUAGAAGUAAAAGUUAGAGAUCAAGUGUGUAAAAACGGAGCUAUUCACAUUAUAGAUGCACCUCUAUAUCCUUUUCCAGUAGGAGGAAUUUUAGAAACACUAGAAGCAUCCGGAAAUUUUAAAAUAUUUUCUGAAUUAUUAAGGAAUGCAAAACUUGAUGAAGUUUUGAAAGGAGAAUCAAGAUGGACAAUUUUUGCUCCUACUGAUGCUGCAUUUUCUAAACUUCCACCCGCUAAUGUAGAAUGGUUAAAAUGGGAUAUUCCAGCUAUUAAAAAUUUGUUUAAUAAAGUAGCUUGUAGGGGUUAUUAUUAUACAUCUUGGAUUAACAGUGGAUCAACUAGUCCUCCCUUAUCUCUAGCAAAUGAAUCUAUGGAUUUUUCUGGUUUUCCUGAUUCUCUCAUUAAUGGAAUCAGUUUGAGUCAAAGAGAUAUAACUACUGAUAAUGGGUGCAUUCAGGCUAUUGAUGAUAUCUGGUUUAGUUCUAUUUUGACUCCAGGUGAAGCUUCUGUUGGAAAGAAAAGUUAAAAAAAAAUAUAAAAGAAGAAUCUAUAAUAAUGAAAUUA